AUGAAUCCGAAUUUUUGGUUCGCCUUUUUUGCCCUCGACCGGAGCUGUGUGUUUUUUUUCCUCUUUCGCUCUUUUCUUUCCUUUUUUUCCCUUUGUUCCCCACAUACUCGGCUUCAUAUAUCAACCCUCGCCCUCCCUCUACUCUCACCCACCUCACUUUGCAUUUACUUCAUCAUGGCGACCAAGAAGCCCAACAUUCUCUACAUCAUGGCCGACCAGAUGGCCGCGCCCUUAUUGUCCAUUCACGAUAAGAACUCGCCCAUCAAGACCCCAAACCUCGACCGUCUGGCCGAGGCCGGCGUGGUCUUCGACUCGGCCUACUGCAAUGCACCCCUGUGCGCUCCAUCACGCUUUGUGAUGGUCAGCGGCCAGCUUCCGUCGAAGAUCGGAGCCUAUGAUAAUGCGGCAGACCUCCCCGCCGACACCCCGACAUAUGCCCACUACCUCCGGCGCGAGGGCUAUCACACUGCCCUCGCCGGCAAGAUGCAUUUCUGCGGUCCGGAUCAGCUUCAUGGCUAUGAGCAACGUCUCACCAGUGAUAUUUACCCCGGUGACUACGGCUGGUCCGUUAAUUGGGAUGAGCCGGAGAUCCGUGCCGACUGGUAUCACAAUAUGUCUUCUGUCAUGGAGGCUGGCCCUGUCGUGCGCACCAACCAAUUGGAUUUCGACGAAGAGGUUAUUUACAAGUCCACCCAAUAUCUUUACGACCACGUGCGCCAGCGUAACGAACAACCCUUCUGUUUGACCGUUUCCAUGACACACCCUCAUGACCCUUAUGCCAUGACCAAGGAAUUCUGGGACCUUUACAAUGACGUGGAGAUUCCGCUCCCCAAGAACGGAGCGAUCCCCCACGACCAGCAAGAUGCGCAUUCCCAGCGUGUUCUGAAGUGCAUCGACUUGUUCAACAAGGAAAUGCCGGAUGAUCGUAUUCGGGCUGCCCGCCGCGCCUACUACGCUGCUUGCACAUAUGUCGAUACCAAUAUUGGAAAGCUGCUCAAAGUACUCGAUAACACCGGACUGGCUGACGAUACCAUCAUCGUGUUCACCGGUGACCACGGUGAUAUGCUGGGAGAGCGCGGUCUGUGGUACAAGAUGACCUGGUUUGAGAACUCGGCUCGUGUGCCUUUCCUCGUGCACGCUCCUAAGCACUUUGCUCCCAAGCGUGUCUCCGAGAAUGUCUCAACAAUGGAUCUACUCCCUACAUUCGCCGAAUUAGCAGGUGCCAAGCUGAUCUCCGAGCUACCCCUUGAUGGAGUUUCCUUGGUACCAUACCUGACCGGCGGCGAGGGUCUCCGCACAGACACAGUCUAUGGCGAGUACAUGGGAGAGGGCACCCAAGCCCCUCUGAUGAUGAUCCGACGCGGCCGGUGGAAGUUCAUCACCUCGGCCAUCGACCCACCCAUGCUUUUCGACUUGGUCAACGACCCGGAAGAGCAAGUCAACCUGGCAGCUGGCCUGUCCGUCAAGCCCACCGCCAUUCCUGGGAAAUCAGGUCUUUCGUCCGUCAAUCUGCCAACUCCAAAUGAUACCCCUCGCGCAUCGCCAAUUCCCCAGCGUGCCUCCGCCACAGACUAUCCCUUCCCCUCGCCAACUCCCCCGCGAACGCCCAGCCCAGCCAAGCUUCCCCCUGCCUUGCCCAACACAACCGAUCCGGCCAAGAUUCUCGCCUUCUUCAUUGAAGAGACCAAUGAUCGUUGGGACCUCGAGAAGAUCAGACAGGACGUUCUGCGCUCUCAGCGCCGUCGCCGUCUCGUCUACUCCGCUUUGAUCCAAGGCACCCCCUCGAUCUGGGACUACGAGCCUCGCGUGGACCCCAGCACCCAGUACGUACGCAACCAGGGCAAGGGAGCCCUUGACGACGUGGAAUUGAUUUCCCGCUGGCCUCGUGUCCUGCAGCAAGCUGCCAACGCCAAUGGUGUUCCCACCUGA